CCAGUGCUCGCCAGUAUCCCAACAGUGAGAUCCUACUCAGUGGGGUCUGCAGUCUGUGGCGUAUGUGUACACACACACUCAUUCAUAACAUGUGCUGUUACCGGUCCUUUGUGUCCUAGGGUAGCGAUCCCACUCUCAGUCUUCCGGAUUUAUACUUCAUAACACUUUCGUCCCGGAGGAACAACCAUUUCUACAUUUUCUGGUGUUUGGGAUCAGUCAGUUAUCUCGUUAUUUUGGGAUAUUUUUAAUUUCACUGUCUUUGUUUGAAGAUUGGCGGUUUACCUGUAUCUAUAUCUCGCCUUAUGUAAAUUUCGCCGUGGAUACUUUACUCGAGGUAACACUGUGUGUUACUUUCUUUUCACCGUUCUCUUGUUUCAUUUUUAUUGAAUAAUUGAAGAAACUACCUACACUUGUCGGUGACAACUCGGAACAUCACUGACAUAAACUGGAUUAGUGUGAAGAAGUCCCCAAUGUGCGUUGCGCACAAGGUUGGAGCUAGAUGAAGACAAUGGAAGCCAUGCCGUUGUCAAAGACACUAGUGUGCUUGUUGUGUCUGGUGCAGACGGUCACGGCCAUGCACAUCGUUCAUACAUUCCGGGAUUUGCAUAAAGACACCACUCUACAAAACUUAAAAGUGGACAAAAAUUCUGGGGAUGUUUUCGUUGGUGCUACGAAUGCGUUGUAUCGUUUUUCACCAGAUCUCAGCUCAUUUACAAAGGUCGCUAUUGGACCAAGGGUAGACAACCCACACUGUCCUCCGCCGAUGUUACCAUGCAAUGACACAAAGAAAUCAACGAACAGCUUCUCAGAAGGGAUUGCAAUUGAUUACAAGGAUAAUACUCUUAUUUCAUGCAUAAGUCUUUUUCAUGGAACGUGCCAAAUUCGCCAACUGCAAAACAUUUCUUGGAUUGUGAAAGAAUUGUUUAAACCGUCCGUCCCGAAUAACCCGGUAAAAUCUAGUCUUGUUUUCAUCGCUCCAGGUGUCGAGGGUAAGAAUGCCUUGUACAUUGGAGCUUCCUACAGUAACCUUGGAAACAAAAAAUAUCGUGCCCUAGUUCCUCACAUUAGUAGUAGAAAUCUUGAGACCCUUGAUUUUUCGUACGUCGAUUCGUUGGGUGGCACCAAGAUAAGUAUCUUACCUGAAGUGCGAUUGGAUAUUCCUGUCGAAUUCCUAUACGGCUUCCCAUACGGAGGAUUUGUGUACUUCAUUGCACGCCAAUACAAGUCAGCCAUUGAAUAUAUGUUUGUUACCAAAAUAAUUCGGAUUUGUCAAAGUGAUAAAUAUUUCAGUUCGUACACAGAAAUCGAGCUCACUUGUCAACCCCAGUACGACUUUGCUAGAGGUGCUUACUAUGAUGAGUCGACCAGGAAACUUUACGUAGUGUUUGAGAAUAAUGAGUUCGACCUGGAUGGACCUUCCGCUGUCUGUGGAUACAACAUGGCCGAAACUGAACGUAUUUUUAACCUUACAGUAGAAGAGUGUUUCAAUGGUGAUGGAAAUCUUGGACCAUCCCACAUCCGGAAUACUGUUCCUUGUCCUCCAAAGACUGGUGAACCUGACUACUGCGGGAGUACAAAUGCCAGCAGACGAUACGGUCCUAUCCAGGGUCGCAAUCCUAUCUUCCAGACACCCAUCAUGGAGUUUCCUAACACUGUCCUCACCUCAGUGGCUGUCACGACAAAGAACAACCAAGUUCUUCUCUUCCUGGGCACCAAGGAUGGUACUCUGAAAAAGGUGAUCCAGUCUCCUGGCAACAUUGUGUCGGUAGUCCAGGAUUUGGAAAUUGAGGUGGGCCAACUCAUCAAAAACGAGAUCCACUUCAACAGAGACCUGAGCAUGCUGUAUGUCAUCACCGAUCACAAGCUGGUGAUCGUGGACAUUCGACACUGCGAAGAGAAGGUAUCCUGUGAGGAGUGUACGGCUUCACCUGACCCUGUGUGUGGCUGGUGUGUUAUGGAGAACAGGUGUCUGGAGCAGGAAAGCUGUCCGUCCUCUGCAGUCUACCCACACUGGUUACCCGCCAAACAAGGAGCAUGUGCAAGGAUGGUGGAAGUACAACCCCACGUUCUGAGCUAUGAAAAACUGGACUCCGAUAUUGAGAAACAACAGAUAACCUUUAGACUAGAAGAGAUCAUGUUGAACCCUAGAGAUUCGGGUGACCUUGACCUCCUGUGUUACUUCUCCAGCCAGGACACCAUGUCUAAGACCGCAGCUCAGAUUGACGGUGAGACGGUGACUUGCCCGUUACCGUCACGCCCAAAGUUGCCGGUACUUCCCGAGGGUAAGGACUACACAGACGUCCAGGUGGAAUUCCUCGUGGGAGGACGAGCCGUGGUGAAGCGCAGUGUUCCCGUGUUUGACUGUCGUCCUCACCAAAACUGUACCACCUGUACAAUGAGUAACUUCACCUGUGAGUGGCACCAUGACACCAACAGCUGUAGUCGUACUGGAAGUGUAACUACAGGAGCAGCUCCAGUAACCAAUGUUAAUGCUUGUCCAAUGAUUGACAGUCCUUCACUGGAUACGGACAUUGUGGUCCACUCUGGGGAGUCGAAACAGAUAGCGGUUGGGGUGGCCAAUCUACAGCCGGACCAGACAACCAACAUCAAGUGUAACUUUCAGUACCUAAAUCAGACUCAGGUUGUCGUGGGAACCAUCCGCUCCACCCUUCUCACCUGCGACCCCGUUCAGUUUUCGUUCCUUGCUGACUUGGCAUAUGUGACAGCAAAGUUCAAGGUGACAUGGGGUUCACAAGACUUCCCAUUGGACAACCCACGGGAUAUCACAGUGCGGAUCUACAAAUGUAACUUGAUGGUGACAAACUGUGGUCAGUGUCUCAGUAUGGAUGCAGAAUACGAGUGUGGAUGGUGUGGGGAUGAAUGCUCACUGCAGAAAAACUGCGAUGACAGCUGGCUGGACCGGUCAUCGACGUGUCCCAAUCCUAAGAUACUCAGGUUCAACCCAAGCACUGGUCCAAUUCAAGGCAAAACAAACAUCUCGGUGACAGGGAUCAAUCUCGGGAAAGCUUACACAGACUUGCAGGGCGGAGUGCAAGUGGCAGGUGUAAGGUGUACCGUCCAUCCAGAGCACUUUGAGCCUUCCAUAGGAUUUCGCUGUGAGACAGAACCUACACAGAACACACAAGUAGGGAAAAUCCUGGUCAAUGUCGACAAUCAAUACACAACUGAGUCGGAGGGAAUUUUUGCAUUUGUGGACCCCACUGUGGACAGACUGAGACCAGAGCAAGGACCAAAGUCUGGUGGAACCCGUAUCACCAUCACUGGAAUGAACCUAGAUACGGGUACCAAGACAACCGUGGAUAUGGGGGGCAGUCCGUGUGAUGUUCGCAGGAGGAAUGCCACCAUUUUGGAGUGUAUAACCUCGCAACAUAUAGCUGCUAAGGACGAAGUUGAAGUGGAGGUCAGCUUUGGAGGGUACAAACGCCUACUCAGGCCAAAGUUUACCUACGUCGAGGAUCCCACCAUCACAGCCAUAGAGCCCACCAAGAGUAUUCUAAGUGGCGGCAUAACACUGACCGUCAUUGGAGAAAGACUUGGUAUGAUACAACGUCCAAAGUUCUUUGUCGAAGUCAACGAUCAAAUGAUCCCUCCUGAAGGUCAUCGAUGCCAUCCCUUUGAAAACUACAUGAACAAAUGGCUGCUCUGUCAAACGCCACCGCUCAACUUCCUGGGGGAGAAUGUCACCGAAACCAACCCACGUGAGGUUCACUAUGGGUUUAGUCUCGACGGAGUCACAACCUGGCGCAACAUCUCAAAGCGCGAGAACAUGGGACCCCUCCUUUACUACCCAGAUCCUUUAGUAGAGAGAUUCUCGGGAAAAAUUGGUGAUAAAAAGUACAUACAGGACAAACCUCUUAUAAUUGAAGGUCGUUUUGCUGGAAUGAGUCAGCUGAUCAAUGACGUGAAAGUUGUCGUGGGUCAGAAUGAAUGUCUCAACCCUAUGACAUCCGAAACUAACAUUGUUUGCGAUCCCCCAGAGAACCCAGAUGGUAUCAACACCAAAGGCAAUGCUCUUGUUCUGAUAAAGAUUGGUUUUCUGAGGAAGGACGUUGGCUUUCUCAACUACAUCGAAAAAGAUGCAGAGAAUGGUUUCAAUGAGACGGAGAAACCAAUCGCACUGGGUAUCAUACUAGGUGUAGUUCUUCCCAUCAUCGCGAUCAUCACCCUGUUGGCUAUCUGUAUCAUCCGACGCCAGCGUAAGAACGGACCCAACAAAAACGGCAUUCCAGAGAUGUUAAAGGACUACGAUGGAAAGAAUGAAGAGGCAGACAUCGGUCUGAACCAUGUGUCUGUGAAGGCGGACAUGAAUGGACAGAUUCCAGACUCCGGACCCUACAUCAGUGAGCUCCUAGCCAGGAUUGAGGAUGAAGCUGCCAGACAGAGUAUUAGUGACUUCCUUAUACCUCGGUCAAAACUGGACAUCGGUGAACUUGUGGGCAAAGGUGUCUUUGGUAACACGUAUCAGGCCAAUUAUACCACAUGUGUGGGAGCUGACAGCGAGGAGAAGAAAACGGAGGUGGCUGUCAAGUCACUUCUGGGCUGUAACACAGACAAUGCCACAGUGGAUGCCUUUCUACAGAAGUGUUUGAUCCUGAAGGACUUACAGCACCCUAACAUCCUCCCCCUCCUGGGGAUGUGUCUCUCGGCUGCUGAGGAACCCCACAUGGUGAUUCCGUACCUAGAGAGGGGUGAUCUCAAAACCUAUGUCAGGGAUCCAUCAAAGAACAUCACAGUUAUACAGUUGUUGGAGAUGGCCCAGCAGAUCUCCGAGGCAAUGGUUUACCUAGAGAGUCUACAUGUUGUCCAUGGUGACCUCGCCGCUCGCAACUGUUUGCUGACAGACGACAAGGUGGUGCGUGUGGCAGGGUUCGGCGUUACAGACCUGUACGCCAUGGACUACUGCAAAUCUGACGAGGACAGGAACAAGACUGUCACUAAGUGGGUGGCACCCGAGGCCAUCAACACCUUUGUCUUCUCUCAUAAAACAGAUGUUUGGUCAUAUGGUGUGCUACUAUGGGAACUGUUGACAAGGGGAGUAACUCCGUACCCAGAUGUGGAUUCGAAAGACUUGAAGAAUUACCUAGAAGGCGGUCAUCAUCUAAAGAAACCUCGGCAGUGUCCAGAAUCUCUAUACGUGAUGAUGGUUCAGUGUUGGACGGAUCGACCCAAUGACAGGCCCACAUUCCAGGAAGUCAACGACGAUAUGAAGACCUUCCUGUCAGCCGACAAUGGUGAACAAAACGAUGACACGUCUGACACUCAGCCACUUAAGUCAAACAUUGAACCGGGUGGCUCGUCAGAAUAUCUAGAGGUCAUGGGUUAAUAUCAUACGAACUUUGACCUAAAUGGCUUUCAUGAUGUUAUCUAUAGGUCAAAGGUCAUACAAACAUUAACUCUGUGACUGUCAAAGGAGUCAGAGGUCAUACUGCCUGAGGUUUAAAGGUCAUGUUUAUACAAAGCAUUGACUAUAGAUAUGGACAUGCUUGUUAUGAGCAUUUUAAUCCAAAUCUGAUCACAGGCGGGUGUCCGUAUGUCCGAGAGACUAAGGUUGUGGAGGAAAUCAAAUCCUGGAGACGAAUGAGAAUAUCAGUGAUGUUUGAUGAAAGUAAUGUUACAAAGCAAGAUGACUAUAUUUGCGAACCGACUACAUUGAUACUGGACUACAAGUGAAGGGGUCCACCCACAGGAGGUGCUGAUUACAUCUGUUUUACUGGAUAACCGAGCACCGAUUGGGGGCACUCCGAACACCACAUUACUAUCAAAUACAAUCAAGUACUAUAUAUGUAACAUAAAUGUGCUUAACAGUUUCGUUUCAGAAAGGACAGAAUGGGUACGUAAGUGGUGAAGACAAUUACUUCACUUUGACGCCAGUUUUCAAUGUAAUGAAGACCAGUGCUAGCUAGCAAAGUGCUGCGGAGGACACCACAGUGUGGAAGCCAUGUGUGUGCACGAUCUGAAAUUGUAUACCUGUUGUUUGGUCCUGUAUGGAAAGGUGCAAUGAUUACAUGUUGAUCUCUCAGUGUACAGAGGUUGUCUGUUGACUAAUCAGGUGAAGAGUGAGCAAGUUUCAUACAUAGUUUUGUCAGACAUAAAAAUCAUGAUUUCAUGUUUCUUUUCAUUGGCCUAGCCACGGAAGCAGUAGUUUAAAUGCUUCAGGCAUUAUGUGCACUGUCGUAACACAUGUUGCGGUCUGAAGAGUGUAAAUCACAUGCAUUUUCUCGAGGGAUAAGUUCUGUGUUGAUUCGCUAGGAGAUUCAUUAGCUGAUUUAAAUCUGUCGCGAAUAUUAAUUGUGUUGAUAAUAAUAUAUCUAUCAUAAAGAUAGCAUUUCUCUAAAUCACGAAUUACAAUAUUCACAGCAUAUUAAAAAAUGUUCAAAAAUUUACAGCAUUUUUCAAUUAAUAAAGGAACACAAAAUUAAGGUCCAUAACAUUUCCUUGCUAUCAUACUGUCAUUUCUUGUAUCAAGUUCUCUUCCACUAUAUUGCAAUAAAAUUGUUAAAUCAGUCAUUUGUAAUCAUUAUCAUCAGUUCAUCCAAUAAAUUAAUUAUGAAACGUGUUCAUGUACAGAUUUGUAGAUAUCAAUCAAGUGAAUGUGACAUUGCUCCUGUAGGUAGGAUUCUGUUUCAGUAAAUGAUUGGAUAAGGCAGUCAAUCAAUCGUUAUUCAUGAUACAAAGACAUUUUUAAGGUUUUAGAGAGGAGAUCUGUAGUAUUAUUGUUCAAAUUUUAUUCCAAAUAACAAAUAAUAGAUAAAUGAAGUACGAGUAACAGCUCCACCUGGUGGAGCUGUAACUGAUGUGUUUAGUAUGGACUGACAUCACAUACAUGUACCACUAUAUGGUGGUGUGAAUGUGAUAGCAUAGCUCUGUAUGUACCAGAUGCAUAAGUUCUGAGCUCCACCUGGUGGUGUGUAUGAUAUGUCACACUCUGUACCAGACAUGUCAGUUACAGCUCCACCUGGUGGUGUGUAUAAGAUGUCACACUCUGUACCAGACACAUCAGUUACAGCUCCACCUGGUGGUGUGUAUGUGAUACCACUCUCUGUACCAGACAUGUCAGUUACAGCUCCACCUGGUGGUGUGUAUGAGAUGUCACACUCUGUACCAGACACAUCAGUUACAGCUCCACCUGGUGGUACAUGUAUUUCUGUCUUGGAAAUAAGGACAGAUAAUUUCCAUUGACAAACUUUGUAUUUAAGUGUGCUAGGACAGAUAAUCUCUAUUGAAGUAUUUUGUAUUCUGUGUGCUUUACAUAUGCAUGUUUUUUUAUUAAUAUUAUUUAUUGACUUUUUUAAAAGACAGAUCAAAAGCUGUUUUAUUGUUGACCAAUACAAUAACUGUACCAAGAUUUUUUAUGCUUUUUAUGAACAAAUUAUCUUUAACAAUUAUAGUUUAUAUCUGUAAGUGUGCCAUUGUUUAUAUAUAAACAUAUAUGUACUUUUGUUCUUAUCAAUGCUAUAAGUAUGCAGUUUAAGAAUGUCUCAGUUUUCGGCUUGUAACGCGUUAUUGUCGAUUACAAUGACCUACCUUGUCGGUCAUAUGACAAUGAAUGACCUUGACCUUUGUGGGGAGGUCUCUGGAAACAUAGAUAGGUUUGAGCCAGCAAUACAGGUCCACUGGGCCUUUUUGUAUAAGUUUCAUCCGAAACUGAUGUUUUAAUUCCAAGAUAUGAAUUAGAUAUCUGAGGAAAGAGUUAUGAAAUAAUUCUUACCUUUUUUUAUUUUUCAAUAGUUAUAUAAUGAGUCAGAAGUUUCAUUGAAGUCACCUGUACAUACAAUCCCUUGUGAUCAAAGUGCUAGCCUUCGUUACCAGCACCUUUUAUUUGAUAUAUACUUUUUUAUUUUAUUUGGUACUUUUAAAAAUGUCUUAAUGUUUCUUUCAAAUUUGUUCCAUAAGUCCUGUACAUGAGGUUGUUAUUUGUACAAUGAAUUCAACAAGUUAUAAUUAAUUAUAGAUUCAAAAUACCCGCAAAAUAUUGAUAUUAAUUUCUUCAGAUUCUACUCAACACAUCGGUGAAAUAUUAAAGAUCAGCACUAAAUUCUGACAUAUAGGAGGGAGAUGGUGUUUGGUUGUUUUUAAGUCUCAUUCGAAACAAAUGUAUUUAUAAAGGGAUUUAUUUGUUUAUUGUUCAUAUUGAACUAAAUAUAGGUCUGUUUUAACCCUUUCACCCCUAUGUAACUUUAGUAAACUCUUCAAUGCUUUGAUUUGGAUGAGUCCAUUAUGGUGAACAGUGGUGAAAGGGUGUUAAAUUUAACUGCAGAACAUUACGAUUUCCCAGAACUAUUUGGUGUGUUUAGUGUCCACCUAGAGGACAGUGAGAGGCGAUUUUCUUGCCUACCACAAUAACAUGUGCAAUAUAUAUACAGGCAUCUGUGCUUCUGUCAAAUACAUGUACCCGCAGUAUGUCUAACAGCUCAGCAAGUUGGUGCUUAUUCAUUUUUUUUUAAUUUUUUUUUUUAUAAAAUAUGAAUAAUUUCUGAUACAUGUACUUUUGUGUUUAAAAAAUAUUAAUAAAAAAAAAGAGUUCAUUUUAAAAUUGAAAUAUGCCCAACUUUCUUGAAGCGUUAAAGGUACAAAGUCAAUCAUUAAAUGAAAUAGUUAUGGGAUAUAUGUCUUUAAUAUCCUUAUACUAGGUAUUCUUACUGUAGGUAAAAAAAAAAAAAAAAAAAAAAAUAACACUUCCCAUUAAUUUUUUGGGCUUAAAUUCAGGAGAUAAUACACAUUAAAAACUGUUUGUAUUACAUGGAAUGUGACGAAACUCGGUCAGAUGCACUGUCAGUUACCCCACCCCUUAGAUACAAAACCCCGCUUUUGGCAGCUGUUGUGUCAAAAUUGCCAAUAUGUGUUUUUAUUAUUUGUUUUAUCAUGUUUCUUAUAAGGCCAAACAAAAAAUAUUUUGUGUUUCCAAUAACCCUACCUACCCUAAGUUUUUGUACCUAACCGAAACAUUUGAGUCCAUUUUCAAAGAAGCACUGUUAAAAUCUGAAUAACUUUCCUAUUUAAAUCAUAAAAAAAAUUUUUUUAGAAAUAAAAUUGUUCAACUUCACAAAAAUUUUCAAAUUUGUUACAUACUUAUGUAUUUGUUUGGCCUAGUUGUCCUUGUGAAAGAAUAUUUAUUGCUUUUAAUGAACGGGGUAGUAUGUAUGAUGACAAAGCGUGAGACUGUAUUGUCUUAGAUUUGGUUAUCUCUGCUGGCAAAUCAACAUCAUUGGAUACAGUUACAAAAUAACCUACUUGAUCUCAAAGCAAAAAAAACAUGGAUGUUUUUAUUGUGACAAUCAGUCUAAAUUUGGUGAAAUUUUCCUAGGCAAGUGGAAAAUUUAAAAGCAUUCAAAAUAAGGUUUAUCAAAAGUCCUCAUGAUCCAGCCUCUAGCUUGACUGGAAUGAUAAUUUUCUUACCCUGGACAGGAGUAUCCAUACUUUUCCCAGGGUGAAAUUAAUAGAAUCUUUCACCACCUUAAUUAGGGUAAGGCAGGGAAAUCAUCACCACUUGGAAUAAGAUUUAAAAAUGUCUAGCCCUCAGCCUGAGGGCUGGACAAUUAAGAAUCUUACUCCGAAGGUUGAGAUUUUUCUGUUUCACACCUAAAGUGGUUUAAUGAUUAUUUUCUACCACGUCAAAUACCAGUGGUAAUUUCAUGAAACGCAAACAUUGAUUGCACCGUUUCCAGCAAAUUGCAGCUAUCUUCUGUGAUCUGCUAUUAAUGACAUGACGUCAGUGCAUUGAUGACAUGACGUCAUACAAUUGUUAUGACGGGGGGAAUCCCCCAAUCUUUAGAAAAUUUCUUUCCUUCACUCGAAGUGUUGAUAUCUCCGUCAAAUAGGGGAGACGUCCUUAGUAGUCUCACCCUAAGGGUUGUCUCACCCUAAGGUUAAGAUGAGGGGAUUCCCUUAGUCAAAACAAUUGUAUGAUGUCACGUCAACAAUGCAUGGAUCCUAUCACGUCAACAAAAUCAUAUCUAUGCCAGAGUCAACAGAGUAAAAGAAAAGAAUAAUUCACUCCCUUGGAGUUAAAAUGGGGUGUCUCGACCCUAUCUCAACCCUAUCUCAACCCCAAGGGGGUGGGCUAUUCUUGAUUGGCUUUUGAUGAACUAAGUUUAAACGUAAAAUGGUGGUCAGUUUCACAUUUUAAAAAUAAGAAAACGAAAUAUACAUAGCUUGGGACUCUAAAGAAUUUCCUUCAUAUAAUAUGCAAAAAAUGCUUGUUUAAAAAAACAAUUGAUUUGAAAAUUUGAUGUCAAAUUACCCAGCAUAUUAUUUAUCAGUUGAGCGAUGAUGUUUGUAUGAAAUUAUGAGAUCCAUGGUGUAAAGUUUUAUACAAAGUUUUACUUUUGGGUUUUUUAAAUACAGGUACAUGUAAUACGAAUGUACUAAAAAUCUGCAAUUUUAUUGAAAUGAUACACAAAAACUAAAUAUCUUGGCAUGAAUACAGUGUGUUAUUGUAAUGAAGAAAAAAUUCACCAUUGAUGGAUAAACCGGGAAUGAAGAACAAUUGGUGUAUUGGAGUGUAUAUAUUGUCGCUCAAAAUCUUCCAAGCUUUUAGUGACAAAAUUAAAUAUGGGAAUAAUCCACGCUUGAAUAUAAGGCUUAAUGAGUCAUCAGAAGUUAGGUAUUCUGUUUCUGACAUAAAUAUAUGUUUAUGUAUAUGCUGUGGUGUCGCUGAACAUGAGGAUAUAUUUCUGUGUUUUUUGACAGAAUAUAUCAGUAGCUAUAUCAUUACCAAACAAUUUACUUGGGGCUGUUGGAUAUGUGCAUCAAAGAAAAAUACCACUACCACCAAUCCUCCGCCAUUGAUAUAUUAUAUGUUGAAAGUGCGAAAAACAACACAAUUCUGUCAUGUGGAGUUGUUGUUUCUUUAAUGCACAUAUUGAACAGUACUUGGACCCUGCUACUUACGACAGACAGAUCAUUGUUAUUUAUGACAAAUUUACAUGAUGAGGGCCAAUUUUUGCCCAUUAGGUUGAGAGGAACGUAUGUGUAUGCAUGUAAGUGAUUGGGUUUUAAAUGCCUUAUAUUUUGUUGCCAGCUUUUUGUACAUUUUUGUCCCUAUUUAAACAAACUCACUAUGUACAAAUGCCAGGCAAAUUAUUCGCUGUUCAUAUAAUGUCAAUAAAGAUGCUUUCUGAAAUAUGA